AUGGUCUCUGACGCGUUGAAUGAAGAGAAUACUAUUUCUCCAUCCAGCUCUAGAGGUCCUGGCCCUGCCUCAAACCCAUACGCGAGGCAAAAGGCCCCCGGACGCCGCCGCAAGGCUGCCAAAAUUGCCUGGCCAGGUCCAGACUCUUCUCCGCUAGCGCCAACUCCCUCUGGCUUUACACCCGAACAGCCACGAGUGAGACGCUCCUCGAUUCAGCUUCCCGCGCAAGUCGAGUCUUACAAUGCACCAAUUAGCAGCAGUCCACUUCGAGCUGAAGAGCUUGAGGAAGUGGACGUUGAAAUGGACACGCCGACCAAGAAGAGACCCCGCCAUACUAAAUCCAAUCGUUCGGAAGAGGCCAGACAGCCAGCAUUAUCGCCACUGCGACAGAUGACUGUACUAGAAAAUAGCACCUUCAGUGUAGAAACGUCAAAACUUCCCAGACCAGCCCUACCGAUAGCGCAUACCUCACCAGAGCUGCAUGACGAGACGGAAAGACGAAACGAGCGCCCAACUGUUACAGAGAGAAGUGCGAGCAAUCCUGUCACUCCCCAGAAAAAGCUCUCCGGAACCCAGGUCGACCGCGAGCUCACGAAGUUUGUCAGGGAGGGGCCAAAGAAACCACAACACUUAAAGAAGGGCUUUCUUUACUUCUACAACGUAAUUAGUCAGGAUGAUGUCCAGCUUAUCAAAAUUGGUGAAACGGGAAACAUGAAAGAUCGUUCAAACAGCAUCAUGUCAACGUGCAAACACCGCUUGUUCGAGGAGCACCCAAAGGCGAUAGCACAGGAGAUACCCUUCAAAGGGUUUGCAGAAAAGCUCAUACACAAGGAGCUGGAGAAUUUCCGAUACAACCGCCGCUGUAUUUGUGGAACACAACACAGAGAGUAUUACAUCGUCAGCGAACGCGUUGCUCUCGAGGCCUUCCACCGGUGGCGAGAGUUUUGUGAUAAACAGCCAUGGACCGCCGAUGGAAAGCUGUUACCCCGCUGGGAAGAAAGACUGAAGAACCAACCUUGGUUCGAGGACGCAAAGAUGGAUUUCGAUCGUCGCAAUUUUGCCAAACGAUGGCACCUGUUUACAGCCCCUACAAAAGUUGAUAACAUUUUAUACGAUGCAGCUAUCAUGUGGAAAGAAGUCUUUCCACACCGUUGGAGCAUUGUUGCCAUAGCUGAAUUACUCACGAUAAUCUUUUUAUCGCCAUCCUCUUCCUUGGACAAAACCUGGAUGGCAGUCGUCAGCGUCUUGUUUUUGAUGGAUAAGAUGCAGAUGGUGAAUAAACACGUUACCAAACCGAUAUCCCAGCUUUCCUCUGGAGGCUUGUGGAAGCUCAUGGAUUCGGAUACCACUAUCGAUUAUGAGAAGAAGCCGGACUACAAUGGACCUACACCACAAACUAUUUCUAAUCAGUCAGCACAGCAGGAGACUCCAACACGGGAUCCUGUAUCCACGAACAGUAGAGAAAUCGCAAGAGACGACAGGGACUGUCCUAAAAUGGGAGACGUGUCGAGUGACGGAAAUGAUAUGACUAGCCCGGGAGAUAGGAGUGAUGUUCAUUAUACAGACAGUGGGAACGGCUCAGCCAGCAGUACUUGUUCGUCCCCAAGCCUGAAAGAGGAUGGGACCCAAACAAGUGCACCGAGCAGACAGGAAGACGGGAACUCCAGUGAGCAGCGGAAUCCCGAAAUGAGGGCUGGAGUGGAAGUAAUCGAACUUUCAGAUUAA